ACUUCGGGCCGAGCCUGACCCGGGACGAGGAGGGGCCGAGCCGCGGGGGAUCCUGGAAUUGGCCGGGAGGUGGGGAUUCUGGGAGGAAAACUCCAUUUCCUCCUUCCCCGCCGGCCUCUCCCCUCCAGCCGGCACCCCAAAUCUCGAUGUGUCGCCUCCCGGGCACCGAGCGCCGGUGCUGAGCGAGGCGGCGGCCGCCGUGGCCGGCAACAUGCUGGGCAUGUACGUGCCGGACAGGUUCUCCCUGAAGUCCUCCCGGGUUCAGGACGGGAUGGGGCUCUACACGGCCCGCAGAGUGAGAAAGGGUGAAAAGUUUGGACCGUUUGCUGGAGAGAAGAGAAUGCCAGAGGACUUGGAUGAAAAUAUGGAUUACAGGUUGAUGUGGGAGGUUCGUGGGAGUAAGGGAGAAGUUCUAUACAUUUUGGAUGCUACCAACCCACGACACUCCAACUGGCUUCGCUUUGUUCAUGAGGCACCAUCUCAGGAGCAGAAGAACUUGGCUGCCAUUCAAGAAGGAGAAAACAUUUUCUAUUUGGCAAUUGAAGAUAUAGAAACAGAUACAGAGCUUCUGAUUGGCUACCUGGACAGUGACAUGGAGGCUGAUGAGGAAGAACAGCAAAUUAUGACAAUGAUCAAAGAAGGGGAAGUUAAAAAUUCUAAAGGAAAGUCAGCAGCUGGCAGAAAAGGAUUACCUCUAAAUGAUUGCUUUGGCUGUAAAGAGGACUAUGCUUGUGCCCACUGUGAGUCGAGUUUUGCCAGUGAGGAAAUUCUUGCUGAGCAUCUUCAGACAUUGCACCAGAAACCCACAGCGGAGAAAGAAUUUAAAUGCAAGAACUGCGGGAAGAAAUUCCCAGUUAAGCAGGCUUUGCAAAGACAUUUUGAGCAGCACCAGGAGACUUGCCGGGGAGAUGCCAGGUUUGUGUGCAGGGCUGAUAGCUGUGGCAAGAGGCUGAAGAGCAAGGAUGCCCUGAGAAGACACCAGGAAAAUGUCCAUGCUGGAGAUCCUAAGAAAAAGCUCAUAUGUUCAGUGUGCAAUAAGAAGUGUUCUUCGGCUUCAAGCCUGCAGGAACACAGAAAGAUUCAUGAGAUAUUUGACUGCCAAGAAUGUAUGAAGAAAUUUAUUUCAGCUAAUCAGCUAAAACGUCAUAUGAUCACCCACUCAGAAAAACGGCCCUAUAAUUGUGAGAUUUGUAAUAAGUCUUUCAAGAGGCUUGAUCAAGUGGGUGCCCACAAAGUGAUACACAGUGAAGAUAAACCAUACAAGUGCAAGCUUUGUGGAAAGGGAUUUGCCCACAGAAAUGUUUACAAGAAUCACAAGAAGACCCACUCUGAAGAGAGACCAUUCCAAUGUGAGGAAUGUAAAGCUUUGUUCCGGACCCCAUUUUCUUUGCAGAGACACCUGCUCAUACAUAACAGUGAGAGGACUUUCAAGUGUCAUCACUGCGAUGCUGCCUUUAAAAGGAAGGAUACCUUAAAUGUUCAUGUCCAGGUGGUCCAUGAAAGACACAAGAAGUACAGAUGUGAGCUUUGUAACAAGGCAUUUGUUACACCUUCAGUGCUUAGAAGUCAUAAGAAAACACAUACAGGAGAAAAGGAGAAAAUCUGUCCUUACUGUGGCCAGAAAUUUGCCAGUAGUGGUACCCUGAGAGUUCAUGUCCGUAGUCACACAGGUGAGCGCCCCUAUCAAUGCCCUUACUGUGAAAAAGGAUUCAGUAAAAACGAUGGACUGAAGAUGCACAUUCGUACUCACACCAGGGAGAAGCCAUACAAGUGCUCUGAGUGCAGCAAGGCCUUCAGCCAGAAGCGAGGCCUGGAUGAGCACAGGAGGACACACACGGGAGAAAAGCCUUUUCAGUGUGAUGUUUGUGACUUGGCAUUUAGCCUGAAGAAAAUGCUGAUCCGACACAAGAUGACUCAUAAUCCCAAUCGUCCACUGGCAGAAUGCCAGCUUUGCCAUAAGAAGUUUACUAGAAAUGACUACCUCAAAGUGCACAUGGACAAUAUCCACGGCGAACCUGACAGCUAAUGGUAGCUGUAAAGGAAUUGAACGACUCAGAAAGGCUCCUAAUAUGAAACCCAGAUUUCCCUCACCUGCUUAGCACAGCAGAGUAUCCAAAGUAAUUCACUGGUCUCAUAACUCUUAUUUGCCUACCUUCAGAGUCCAUAGUUGCAUAUGCAAAAACAAAAAAACAAAAAACCCUACUUUUACUAAGGAAUGGUACAAAUGGGAAAAAAAUAACUUUAUCGCCUUGCAAAAUGCUACUUGUGCUCUGUUUUAUAAAAAUGGAAAAAGGAUUCAUGGCUCUCCUUCUUGGCCAUUUCUCUGUAAUGAAGGUUAACAUACUCCCUGUUAGGCCUUUUUAUUGUUAGCUUUGUGUGUGUGUGAGGGUGUGUGUGUCUGUGUGUCUGUGGGUGCACAUGUGCACAUGCUGAUUAUUGUACCCUGUCAUUACUAAUAUAGCCAGAAAGAAAUUAAGAUAUACAAGAUAUUUUACUGCAGGUAAGGAUAAAGACAAGAAUUUUCAAAGUCUCAAGUAUUAUAACUGGAUAAAACUUGCUAUUUGAUAAAGAGGUAUUUAAGAACUAAAAUGUCUAUUGCAAUAUUGCUCAUUUUAGACAGUUCUUAGGAGACAUUAUUUCCUCUCCUCAUUUAGAUGCAGAUAUUCAUGAUCUGGAAUACUUUCAUAAGAUCUAUAUAAAAACAACCAUGACACUUAAAUAUUUACCAAGAUGAUCCUCCUGAGUUUAUACCAGUUACCCUUAGAAAUUAACAAUCUACAAAUGUAUAUAUCUAAAAAUUGAAGCAGAAUAGGUUUUCAAUAUUUGCUGACUAAUGGAAAGGCAGUACAGCAGUACCGUUAAAUAUUAGUUAUGAUAAACCUAGCUCUUUAGCUUCUCAUUCCCUAAAAGUACACAGAACUUGUUCCUGCAGGUAUAAUAGAUUCCUCAGAGCAUUCACUUUCUGUUUCGCAAAAGACAUUUGCCAGAGUCUUGGCAGUAGGUGAUUGUGAAACAGUUUUGAUUUACCCUCAGUCAUCCUAUAUAAUUAGGAAUCCAGAAUAAAAAAAUACAAAGCCUGGCAAUUGUUAUGUUUGAAAAUAUCACUGAUGCUUGAGGGAAAUUAAGGCAAGAAGCUUAAUUUCUUCCUCUAGGUUACAUUUCAAUAAUAUACUUAAGAGCAACGUAUAAUGAGCAGCUUGUUUUGGGAGACAAUAGGAUAAAAUGUAGUAGUAGUGUCAGAAUAGCCUGGAGGAAUCCAAAAAUGAGAAGAUAAUUCAUGAAGCCCAAAUCUUGAACUUCUCUAUUUGCAGUCCACUCAAAAGAGAGCAAGUAUAAUUUUAAGGAAGUUAUUCUAUUAUAGUGAUUUAAGAAGAAAGGUUGUCAGAAGAUAUGGUUCCUUAUCGUCAGGAAUCUCAUUUUAGAAUUGUAUUUAUGCUCAGUUUCAGUUUUAAAAAGAAACAUAAAGAUUCAAUAUUGAUAUAUAAACUAUAAAAUACUAAAUUUGAAACUCAGAAGUGAUAACUUUAAAAAGUAUAAAUCCCAGAUUAUAAUUUAGAAGAUAACAAGUAUGGUUAUAUAGAGUAUUUUGUAUCUGAAAUUAUAGACUAUGUUUUAAAAAAUAGACUUUGGCCUUGUUUCUCAAUAUGUCAUUUGUUUCAACAGUAUAUUUUUAGAUCUGAAGUGUUUUCAAUUUAACAUGACACUGCGCUUACUAUGAUUUGAAUAUAAAAGGACAGCUGUAAAAUGUGGUAGUGUGUGUUAUUCAAACACGUCUGUUCAUUCCUCUGGGUGCUGCCUUCUUUGUAUGGGAUUCUUCAUAUCCCAAUUACGUGGUGAAUGUGAAAGUCGAAAAGAAGCCAAAGACCAAUUUUUCAUAAUUUCAGUGACACAAUUUCCAGGGCUGCUGGGGAGGUCGCCCUCACACCCAUGUUGUUGCCGUCCUGCCAAGGAAAUUGAUGAGGGAGAAGUGCUGGGUCUCUUCAAAGCACUGAACCCCAAACAGGUCCUUACACAACUAUUUGCAUACUGUCACCUUUUACCCAAAGGUGAUCAUUUAUGAGCUUUUCAGAUGUAUUUGUAUUUGAGUACUGCAACUUUUAAGUCACUUAGCAGUAACAAAAAAGAUGAGAAUUUAUUUUUCCAUGUUUCGAUUGGGAAAUUGAGAAUAUAAACAGUCAUAGGUGAAAAGUCUUAUAGACAAGGUGGAGUACAGGUGCCCCUUCUGAAGUCUUUCUCUUCUUUCCUGCUAUAAAAGAUUGUGAUUCAAGUGCUUUCUUGGGAAAAGGCCAAACUGUCAGGUGCCCAUGAAGUCAGGGCUAAGUAAUUUGAAUAGGUAUUCAGUAAUACAGGUAAGUUCAGAUACACUUUUGUAAUUACUAUCUUUGGAUAUUAACAUUCAAGAUAUCCUUCUGGUUUGACAAUCACUGGCUGAUACUAUGUUCCUUUCUUCCUCCUCUUUUGUUGUUGACUACAUGGAAGAUUAUUCAUUAAUCAUGAUCAACAGUUCAUAAAAGUAUUACUAACUGGUGGUUGAUUUUGGGGCUACACACUAUAGUUAAAAUGCUACAUUUAAGAAACAUAGUUCUAUAUUGUAUAUAUGUGUGUCUGCAGAGGAUCACUUUUAUGUAAUGCUUAUAUGUGCAGGUAUAUUACUUUGCUCAAAACUCUUCUGACCUGUUGCAGCCAGCUCAUCUUAUGAAUGUGAACAUGGGCCACAGGUCUUAUAGCCUUAGUUUGUAUAGUAGACUUUGUGUGCUGCUCAUCCCUCCCAAAGCUGGAUGAGAGGCUGAGAGAGAGAAUAGGGACUAGAGAUACUCAUUUUUACCUUCACAAAUCUAAAUGUUACCUGUGAAAAAUCCUGCGGUUGUAAAUAUAUGGAGCUGGGUAGAUAGAAGGAAGUGUGCCUCUUUUUUAAAGUGUAGUUGAUACAGAAUAUUAUGUGGGUUUCAGGUGAACAACGUAGUGAUUUGACAGUUAAAAUGCUCACCACAGUAAGUGUAGUUACCAUCUGUCCCCAUACAAAGAUACUACACAAUUAUUGACCAUAUUUCCUAUUCUGUACUUUUCAUCUCCAUGAAUAAUGUAUUUCAUAAUUGGAACUCUCUGUACCUUUUUAUCCCCUUCACCUCUGCCUCCUCAAAUCCCUAAGGUUUUAUCACAAAUAUUGAGGAUUAUUUGUGUGUAUAUCAAUGUAGCAUUUGUAAAUAAAAUGAAGCUUCAAUUGCA